UGGCAAAUGGCAAUCAAAAAAUCAAAACAAGUAAAACGACGAAUCAUAAAAUUCGUUAAGCAAAAAGUUAGUUACGAUUUAAAUUAAUAUUUACUUCCAUCACCAAAACGUUUUCAUAAAUUGUGGCCCUUCAUCCAAAUUCAGGAAGUAGAUAUGGCAGGUUACUUCGAAGAAAUGGGAUGGAGAGAGUUAGGAGAAGGAGAGGAACCAAAUCAUCUACUGCAUAUGGCAAGAUUCCUCGUAGACUUUGGGCUAUAUGAGGACAAUUUCACUGGAGAGUGGCCGAGACUACCUCCACCAGCUGCAAAGGAAGCCGUAGACAACCUGCCAGAAAUUACAAUUGAUGAUUCUACCAAGGAUUGUCCAAUAUGUUUAAAGAAGUUUAAUCCAGGAGAGAAGGCUAAACAAAUGCCAUGUAAACAUAUUUUUCACAGUACCUGCAUUCUGACCUGGCUAGCCAAAACAAAUUCAUGUCCAUUUUGCCGAUUUGAGCUACCUACAGACCACACAGGAUAUGAAGCAUUCAAAAAGGAAAAAAAGAGAGCAGAGCAGCGUAAAGAAGACCUUGACACUCUUCAUAAUUCAAUGUUUAGUUGAUUUCAUCCGAAAAUAAGAAGCAGGUAACUUGGAUAACAUGCAAAUGAAAACAUGUUUUACAUUUCUAUUUAGCAUUGCCUACUGGCUCAA